AUGGCCGAGCACGAACCUGUUACCACGAUGGCAUCGCCGUCGCCUCAGCCUGACAUGACGAGAAACCGACUGCCUACGCUCUUUGAGGUCUUGAGUCGUCGCACUCUCCCUCCCGUCGACCUUUUCUCGUUCUAUAUCUACAUGCGCGAUCAGCAACGUUCGGUGGAUUAUCUUGACUUCUGGCUCGAUGUUGCUCAGCACAUGUCGCUCUGCCGUCAUUAUGUUCGCGAACUUCGACGAUCCGUCCUUAUUGGCACUCCCGAAGCACAAUCAAAACGAUCUUCAGCUAUCCUCGAGAAUAUUGGCGACUUGGAACCUAGAGCGGCAGGUCCGUCCAUGUAUGCGACUGAGAAGGAGAAGAACCAAGAUGCGCAAAUGUCUGCAUUCCUUAGAGAGGACCAAAGUCACGAUUCACCUCAGAGUGCCUCUGCGCCUGUUAGACCCAGCCCUCAGUUCAGCAACUCUCACGAAGUCACUACCGAAUCCAACUCGCCCGCUCAUACCGUUGCGCGACAGGAUAUCCGAGCCUCAGCUGAGAAAAUUCUCUACACUUUCCUUCUUCCUGGAGCUGAGCGAGAAAUCACCCUCCCAGGUUCUAUUACUGCAGAGGUCACUACUGCCAUCGAAGAGUAUGGCCGCGACGAUCCCGAGGUAUUCGAUGUUGCCAAGGACUAUGUCUUCCAGGCUAUGGAGCGAGAUGCUUUCCCAGGCUUCCUUCGAAUGAAGGCUCUAGGCAACCUUAUCCCGCCUACGCUCAUCAUGCGACUUAUCCUUGGUCUUAUUGCCAUGUUUGCCGCCCUCUGGGCUGCGUUUGUUCUCAUUUUCCUUGAUUACUCUCGUGCAACCAGAUGCUGGCUCAUCCUUCCAUUCACCGUCGGUGUCUAUUUCCUUGCGUCUUACCAAUACUCUCUGGACCCUAUCAUGGCCCUGGUUGGUUACAGCGAGUACACCCCCUUCAACUUCUCUCGCAUUCGUGAACCCUACGUUCGCACGCUCAUCGCCAAGCGUGCUAUCAUGGUCCUCGCAGUGACUGUUCUCAUUGAUGCUGCACUCUGUGUUCUCUUCAUUCUUGUUCCAGGAAAGCGUCUCUAA